UAUUGGGAGCGAAGGGUGUUCUGCUGCCGGCUUUUCCUAACUUCAAAUUCCUGUAGAGAAAUACCAUCAAAUAUCCACUCCCAUCGGCCAUCUUCUUUACUAUAUAAUUCAAAUAUCUUAUACAAUCAUGGCUGGGGGACCUCUUAGGGCCGCUGCACAGGGUAUUACAUUCGAUGAGUUCGGUAGGCCGUUUAUAAUCCUCAAAGAACAAGAAGAACAGAAGCGUUUGACAGGUCUCGAAGCACAAAAAUCACAUAUUUUAGCAGCAAGAGCAGUUGCGAGUAUUUUGAAAACAUCUCUUGGGCCAAAAGGCAUGGAUAAAAUGAUGGUUAGUCCUGAUGGUGAGGUCACUGUGACAAAUGAUGGUGCAACAAUUCUUGGCAUGAUGGAAGUUGAUCACCAGAUUGCCAAACUAAUGGUGGAGCUUUCAAAGUCUCAGGAUAAUGAAAUUGGGGAUGGUACAACUGGAGUUGUAGUUUUGGCUGGUGCUCUCCUGGAGCAUGCAGAGCAACUGCUAGACUGGGGGAUCCACCCCAUUCGCAUUGCUGACGGUUAUGAACUAGCAGCAAAGAUAGCACUUGAGCAUAUGGACUCGAUUGCUGACAACUUUCCUGUGGAUAAAGACAACAAGGAAUCUUUGAUCCAAACAGCCAUGACAACCCUGGGCUCCAAAAUUGUUAGCAGAUGUCAUCGGCCAUUAGCUGAGAUUGCUGUAGAUGCAGUGCUGUCGGUUGCGGACCUGGAGCGCAAGGAUGUUGACUUUGAAUUGAUUAAAGUUGAAGGCAAGGAAGGUGGUAAACUUGAUGAUACCGUCCUGGUCAAGGGUGUGGUUGUUGACAAGGAUAUGAGCCAUCCACAGAUGCCCAAGGUUGUCAAAGAUGCCAAAAUAGCCAUUCUCACGUGCCCAUUUGAGCCCCCCAAGCCCAAGACCAAACAUAAGCUUGAUGUGGCGACCGUCGAGGACUACAAGAAGCUCCAGGAGUAUGAACGUGAGAAGUUUACUGAGAUGAUCAAACAAGUGAAGGAUACAGGUGCCAACCUGGCUAUCUGUCAGUGGGGAUUUGACGAUGAAGCCAAUCACUUGCUACUCCAGAACCACCUCCCUGCCGUCAGAUGGGUUGGAGGUCCAGAAAUUGAGCUUAUUGCCAUAGCAACUGGUGGGAGGAUUGUCCCAAGGUUCUCUGAACUGACCUCUGAAAAGCUGGGCAAGGCUGGUAUUGUCCGAGAGCUCAGUUUUGGCACAACCAAGGAUAAGAUGUUGGUGAUCGAAGAGUGUCACAAUUCUAGGGCUGUAACGAUCUUUAUCAGGGGAGGAAAUAAAAUGAUUGUUGGUGAAGCAAAGCGCAGCAUCCAUGACGCCCUGUGUGUAGUGCGAAACCUUGUGCGAGAUAGCAGAGUUGUCUAUGGUGGUGGGGCGACAGAGCUCUCUUGCUCCAUAGCAAUUGCUAAAGAGGCUGACAAGAUUUCUACAAUUGAGCAGUAUGCCAUGCGUGCAUAUGCUGAUGCUCUCGAUAACAUCCCCCUCGCCUUAGCUGAAAACUCCGGGUUAAACCCCAUCCAGACAGUUGCAGAUAUCAAAUCUCGACAAGUGGCAGAAAAGAACCCACGCCUAGGAGUUGACUGUAUGGAUUCUGGAAUUAAUGAUAUGAAAACUCAACAUGUUAUUGAAACACUGAUUGGAAAGAAGCAGCAAAUCAGCUUAGCCACUCAACUUGUGAAGAUGAUCCUGAAGAUAGAUGAUAUACGAAUCAAGGCACCAUCACAAUAACUCCCCCCCCCCCCCCCCAUACCAGAAAGAUACCGUAAUACUAUACCAUAGAUAAGCUCUUUGUAUUAUGCAGAGAUUGAUAAGCUGGCGUACAAUUUAUUGGUACAGCCUCACUAUCAGGUGGUGCAAAGAGUGUGACACCAUAGGGCAUGUAAUUUAAUUUAGCACAACCCUGGGUGUAUUUAAGGAGUGUAAAAUUUGAAAUGGCCAAAAUAAAGCUUUAUUCACCAAAA